AUGAAGUGGGAAAAGAACUAUGAAAGUUCAAAAAGACAUUUUGUUUAUGAUUGGAAUAUAUCCACAGGGGUAUAUGAGGUUAGAUCUAUACAGAUUGAUGGUACUGGUGGUAAUUCUCACUGUGUUUCACUAAGUGAAAAAAAAUGUGAUUGUGAAAAAUGGGCUAAUUUGCACUUCCCGUGUUCACAUGUCAUGAAGGUUACUGAAAGAAUGGGAGCGCUAGCUAGAAAUUUUGUCAACGAACAUUUCACAACAGAGAAUUAUGUUGCAACAUAUUCUGGGUCAUUCUUACCGAUUGGACACGAGGCAUAUUUGCCAUCGCCAAGUUUUAUAAUGAGAAGUAAUGAAUUCUAUCGGCGUCUCAAUCGAUCAAGGACCACUAGAAUUCCUAAUGAGAUGGAUUGUGAUCCUGCAACAUAUGGGCGGGCUUGUGGAUUGUGUAGACAAACCGGGCAUGACAGGCGUCGAUGUCCAACUCGAAAUCAAACUUAA